AUGCCUCCCAAGAAAGCCGUCGUCCAAGAAAAAAUCCUUCUGGGCCGUCCUGGCAACAACCUGAAGAGUGGUAUCGUCGGUCUUGCCAACGUGGGCAAGUCCACACUCUUCCAGGCUAUCACCAAGUCGAAUCUUGGUAACCCCGCCAACUUUCCUUAUGCCACCAUCGACCCUGAGGAGGCCAAGGUCAUCGUUCCCGAUGAGCGAUUCGACUGGCUCUGCCAACACUAUAAGCCCAAGUCGCAGGUUCCUGCCAAUUUGACCAUCUAUGAUAUUGCCGGUCUGACUCGCGGUGCCUCGACUGGUGCUGGUCUUGGUAAUGCUUUCUUGUCUCACAUUCGUGCUGUCGACGCCAUCUUCCAGGUCGUCCGAUGCUUCGACGAUGCGGAAAUUAUUCACGUCGAGGGUGAUGUUGACCCCGUCCGUGAUCUCGUCAUCAUCAGCGAGGAGCUGCGAAUCAAGGAUAUCGAGUUCGUCGAGAAGGCCCUCGAGAACUUGCAAAAGCAGACCAGACGCGGUGGACAGUCUCUGGAGAUGAAGAAGCUGCGCGAGGAAGAGGCCACUGUUACCAAGGUCCUCGAGUACUUGAGGAGCGGCAAGGAUGUCCGUCACGGCGACUGGAACCCUAAAGAGGUUGAAGUCAUCAACCCUCUGUUCCUUCUUACAGCCAAGCCGGUCGUGUUCCUGGUCAACCUGAGUGAAAAGGACUACGUUCGCCAGAAGAACAAGUACAUCCCAAAGGUCAUGGAAUGGAUCAAGACCAACUCCCCCGGAGACACCAUUCUCCCAAUUUCAGCCUCCUUCGAGGAGCGUCUGACCCAGUUCGAGUCCGAGGCUGAGGCUGCCGAGGAGUGCAAGAAGUUGGGCACCGAGUCCGGUCUGCCCAAGGCCAUCAUCAAGAUGCGCCAGGCUCUCAACUUGGCCAGCUUCUUCACUACUGGAGCUGACGAGGUUCGCCAGUGGACCAUUCGCAAGGGCACCAAGGCCCCAGCUGCCGCCGGUGUCAUUCACACAGACUUUGAAAAGACUUUUAUCCAAGUCAUUGUGUACAACUACAACACACUGAAGGAGCUUGGCGACGAAGCGGCUGUCAAGGCCGGCGGAAAGGUCAUGACAAAGGGUAAGGACUAUGUAGUUGAGGAUGGUGAUAUCCUUUUGAUCAAGGCUGGUGCUGCUCGGGGUUAG